CCGGCCGCGGGUGCGCAGGCGCCGCCGUCCCGGGAGCUGUGGCCGCGCCGGGAAGUUGCUCUGGGUGUGCCCGCGCCGCUCCCGCCAUGUCGGGCUCCUCCAACGUGGCGGCCAUGAAGAAAGUGGUGCAGCAGCUGCGCCUGGAGGCGAGUGUGACCCGCGUGAAGGUUUCUCAGGCUGCCGCUGACUUGAAGCAAUUCUGCCUGCAGAACGCGCAACAUGAUCCCCUACUGACAGGAGUAUCAUCAAGUACGAAUCCAUUCAGACCCCAGAAAGUUUGUUCUUUUUUGUAAUUAUGUGAACUACUUCAGUAUCUUUCAGUGAUCUUUUACCAUCUUAUCCUACUUGCUGAUGUGUGUAUGAGCAGAAUGCCUCAAGGAGCAGCCUGUUUUGAAGUCUGUACAAAAGCUUAGCUUUAACGUGCCAAAUCUAACUCUACAAGUGCUACUGUCGUCAAACCUCUUACCAUCUACCUCUCCAAAUGAACUGUAUGCUAGUUCCGUAUUUCUGUUUCAUAAGGGAAUCAGUUUUAUAUGCCAAGCAAAAAAUAAAAGUGUCUUUACUUAGUCUGGUCUUGAAAUUACUGUUAGACAUUGAUUAACUUUUGGAUGUGGUGACACCUCACCAGUCACCGCAUCCCUCUGCAGCAGCUGGAGAGCAGAUAGAGGAGUGUCUAAAUAUUUUGUGCUGCUGCAAGUCUGCCUGAGGCUAACAGUUGUACAGAACAAUGAGGCUUCAGCAAUACUAUACUUAGAAGCAUAACAGAAAUAGAACAGAAAAAAAUUUUUGACUGCUAAUUUGUAAUUCAGCUAUACAGCUGUGCCGUAUCACAGACAUUGAAUAAAGACAAAGAGUAAAUUAUCUUUUAUCUUAAUGAGUAAUUCUACCCUAGUAGAUGACUUACUCUGUGAGCCAUCUUAUUCAUUAAGUAAUUAAAAAAAAGCACUUACAGCUGCACAUGAAAAGAAAGUAACUCAAAGAAAACUUGGCUUUUUAGCUGCCAGUGAAUGUGCCAACUUAAGGCAAAACAGUAGUUUAUUUGCAGGUAAUAGCAACUCAAGUAUAGCUAUGAUGCUGAAGAAGCAUUUUUAAAAUUUUAAUGGGGAAAAUCCUGCUUAGACACCUCACACAUUCACUGAGCAGCAUUUUUAGAUGAGAUAGCUUUAUGUACUUCCUCUAAGGGGGUUUUACAAAUUCUUUCCCAUCUGUCUUUGUUUCUUUUUAGCUGCUCUGGGUAUAUACACCUCUUGUCAAUGAUAUUUACAAAAGAGAUACCUGUUGAAUCAAGCAUAUUAUUUUUGUAACUUCAGCAACAUGGCUGUUUUAUGCAAGAUGUUAACGAAAUAAAAUACCAUGGACUUCCUGGA